AUAAUGCGGGUUAUAUUUCGCGGAAUUAACGAUUUGGAGAAAUUGGAUCGCGUGGAGCGGAAGGAGGUAAAACAGGAAAAACGGCGGCAAUUGUCCAAAAUCCUUUCUAAAAUAUUAUUUAAAUUGUUUUUUCCGGAUUCCAAUUUUAUUUGGGAUUCGUCGUUCCCGAUAAAUCUUUUAAAUCCUUUUUUAUUAAAUAAAAUAAAUAUUUUUGCGCAAUAUUUAAUCGGUAGGUUUUUUAUUUGUUUAUUUUGGUUCGUAAUAUAUAUUAAUUGUCCAAUUUCUGGUAAUAUUGGCGGAAUGGUUCCUGGUAAUUUUGGAGGUAAUUAA